CUCCUCCUCCUCCUCAGCUUUACCUCGCCGGAGAAGGACGACUCAGAAAUCGUGUGGAGUGGCUGGAUCUAUCUUGGGGAGACAUGGAAGAUCUCGACAACCUCAAGGCAACCGAGUUGACACUUGGUCUCCCUGGCACCGACGCCCCGGAGAAGCCAUCGCCGGCCAGCACCACUGGGGCUAACAAGCGGGCCAACGAGGAGUGCUGUUUGCCUGUAGCCAAGAAACAGGUCGUGGGAUGGCCACCUCUAAGAUCUUACAGGAUGAACAGCAUCAGGAUAAGAAAGAUGGACGCAGAAGACAACACCGGAAUCUACGUGAAGGUCGGCAUGGAUGGUGCCCCUUACCUAAGAAAAGUGGAUCUUAGGGUUUACACGGGCUAUAAGGAGCUCAUGGAGGCCUUGAAUGACAUGUUCAAAUGCUUUUCUUUAGGUGGUGCAGAAGGACAUGAAGAGUCUGGUUAUGCAAUCACAUAUGAAGAUAAAGAUGGAGAUUGGAUGUUGGUUGGAGAUGUUCCAUGGGAGAUGUUCAUCUCUUCAUGCAAGAGGAUGAGGAUAAUGAAGGGAUCUGAAGCAAGAGGCUUGAGCUCAAGCACAUAGCAAGUGGUUCAUGAUCAAGAAACCAAUACAAGACUCAACUAUUUUUCUUUACUUUGUUCUUGAAGACCAUGGAGAUUUGGUUUGGAUUUCUUUUCAAGUCCAUCAAAAGAAACCAAACGCAAAAGAAAAAGUCUUAGUCUUUUAUGUACAAGUACACAAAACACAAAUGUAGAAUGGAUAUUAUACAAAUAUUUUUUUUUUAUCA